AUGUCUCAACAAUCUAUUCCUCAGUCUUCGUCAAAAAUUUCCACUUCUGCUACUCAUGAACAAGACGCCUCCAAUACUCCCAUUAACCCUAGUGAGAUUCUUGAAGUCACUCCUUUGCAGAUGGUAACUCCUUUCGAUCUCGUGACAAAACGACCCAGAACAAUGCAUGCACGAAGAACCAAAGAGACUGCAAGAAGACCUAGAAAUCCCAACUCUGGUCAGACCUCUCAAUCAUCUGUUCCUUCCUCUAAGGAAGAGCCAACCAAAGAAGGCUCAAGGUCUAAUCACAUCGAGAUUGUCAAAAUUGUUACCCAAAUCCUAAAUGAGGAGAAUGUUUCAUCCAAGAUCCCUGGUCCUGAGAAUCCUGUGCUUCCUAAGUCAAAUGUCAUUGGGCAUGUUAGUGACACCGUUGACACCUGUGUUCCAACAAAUGAUGAAAUGAAUGAAAAUGUGCAUGUGAGUGACAAGAAAAGAAAUGAUGUUAGUGUUGAUCGCUUUGAAAUUCCUGAUGGUGCUGAAUACAAUGAAGAGAUCCUCAACAUUGUUUUUACUAGCACGUGUGUAAAUCACACUGAAAAGGGCCAAACUGAAGACAAAGAACCAGAGAAAACUCAGACUGACAAAAAAAAGAAGGCAGUAGCUAAGUGUGUUUCUGUUGGACCAAAGAAGGCAUGGAGAAAAGUGGUGCCUAAGAAGAGAAAGGCCACAAGCAGUUCUGAGAAUGAGUCAGAUUCUGAUGUUGCUGCGGAUGUCAAUGACAUUCAUCUUAAGAAGAAGGUCUCUAAUAGAAAGCUGGCUGCUAGUGUUCCUGAAGUUCCUAUUGAUAACAUUUCCUUUCACUAUCCCUCCAGUGUACUCAGAUGGAAAUUUGUCUAUCAGAAAAGACUGGCCUUAGAGAGAGAACUUGCUCAGAAUGCUCUUGAGUAUGAUGAGAUUAUGAAUCUUAUUCAUGAAGAUGGACUAAUGAAGACUGUGACUCAUCUAUCUAAGUGUUAUGAAAUCCUGGUGAAGGAGUUCAUUGUGAAUCUUCAUGAAAACUGCGGCAAUAAGGAAACUGAGGAGUAUUUAAAAGUGUUUGUUAGAGGAAAAUGUAUUAACUUCUCGCCCAUUGUGAUCAACAAAUUUCUGGAAAGGUCUAAUCAAGCUCAUCCAGAACUUGAAGUGUCUGAUAAUCAAAUGUGCAAAGAGAUUACAGCUAGUCAGGUGAAGACAUGGCCUUUCAAAGGGAAGUUGACGGUGAGCAAACUAAGUGUGAAAUAUGAUGUGCUUCACAGGAUUGGAGCUGCCAACUGGGUACCAACUCAACACAAGUCUACAAUUUCUGCUCUCCUAGGUAAAUUCAUCUUUGCUAUUGGUACUAAAUCCAAAGUUGAUUAUGGAACUUAUAUUUUUAAGCAAACCUUAAAGCAUGCUGGUAGCUAUAGUGUCAAAGGUCCCAUUGCUUUCCCUUCCCUCAUCUGUGGAAUCAUCUUGAAACAAUUUCCCAAUAUUUUGACUAACAAAGAUUUUGUGUGCAAAAGAGCAAGUCCUUUAAUCUUCCAUCAUAAGCUCUUCCAAGGAACUCAUGUUCAUGAUGUUAACAAAACUUCGUCUGGACCAUCAAAUGAAAGCACCAUUAUGAGCAAAACUGCCAUGAUUGCUUUGCUCCGAGAGACCUGUAAGGAGCUGGAGUCCAAAAAAUUGGCUCUUGAAAGAUUGAUCAGCUCUCUUGAAACGAGUGAAAGUGCUAAAUCUGCAUAUACUGAUGUGGCAGAACAGGGUGAAGAUGAUGGUGGAUCAGACAGUGAGAUUGAGCCAGAAGCCAGUCCUGAAGAUGGCACUGAUAACAGUGUAAAAUUCAGUAGCUCUGAGUCUGAAGACUAA